GAGCUCGUUGGCUAGUUCAGUUAUCCACAAAGCAGUGACACAGCUUUUCCAUCUUCUGUAGUCAAAGCAGCAGAAGAAAGAAAAGCUUUGGACUUUCAAAUGAACGGAAACCACCCUUUUAAUAGAGCCAAAAUGGCUAUGCAAACCUCUUCAUAUAAGCUUUGGUCAUUAAAGAGUUGCUCAUCCCUCAGGGAAACCACUUCAGUUAGCCUGUUAAAUUUAAGGAGCAGCUCUUCUGCUAGAGUUUUCUCUCUUAUGAACAUGACCCGCUACUCUACCUACUCCAAUAAUGAUUCUUUUCCCUCCACGAAGAGGAGGUCUCGUGGACCGAUGAUGGCAGCCAAGAAAAGGUCUGAAGGGACUAAGCAGGAAGAUGGGAAAUACAAGGACACAGUUGAUCUACCAAAGACUGCCUUUGGCUUGCGAGCAAAUUCCACAGUCAGGGAACCUGAACUUCAGAAAAUAUGGGAUGACAACCAGGUUUUUAAAAGAGUUGUUGAGAGGAACAGUGGGGGCACCUUUGUUCUGCAUGAUGGACCUCCUUAUGCUAAUGGUGACUUACACAUGGGACAUGCUUUAAAUAAGAUCUUGAAGGACAUUAUUAAUCGUUAUAAGCUUCUUCAAAACUUCAAAGUUCAGUAUGUUCCCGGUUGGGAUUGCCAUGGCUUACCAAUUGAGUUAAAAGUGUUACAGUCACUAGAUGCUGAUUCCAGAAAAGAGCUUACACCGCUAAAAUUGCGAAACAAGGCAGCCAAAUUUGCAAAAUCAACAGUGCAGAGUCAGAUGGCAUCAUUUAAGCGUUAUGGAGUAUGGGCUGACUGGGAUCAACACUAUCUAACUCUUCAUCCAGAAUAUGAGGCUGCUCAGAUUGAAGUAUUUGGCCAGAUGGCUAUUCAAGGUUUUAUCUACAGAGGCAGGAAACCAGUUCAUUGGAGUCCCUCAUCUCGAACUGCACUUGCAGAGGCUGAACUGGAGUAUAAUGAGGAGCAUGUGUCAAAGAGCAUGUAUGCUAUUUUCAUGCUGCUAGUCUGUUAUCAUGUGAAAUUUUGCUUGGUUUUUCUAUAGUCAAUGCUCAUUAAGUCGUGGUAUGGAAAUUCAUUUUUUCCAUUUCCAUUAAUAUAUUGAGGUACAAUUAUUGUCUAAUAAUAAUUGCGGGGAUUUGCAGCUGUUGCAGUAAAUGGUAAGCUUCAGUAUGCCGUCGUUGAAGUUUGCUCAGCAUCGACAGACGAUUCUACAUCUCCCGGGGAUGGAAAGAAGAGGCUUGGAAAUUUCUUGAAGGGCGAUAAAAGCCUAUAUCUUAUUGUAGCUCUGGACCUUGUAUCAGCAUUAGAAGCAAAAUGGGGCUUGAAGCUUGCCUUGAAGAAAACAGUACUGGGUUCGGAUCUUGAAAAUUGCAGGUACACCCAUCCUAUAGAUAGCCGGGAAUGCCCUGUUGUCAUUGGGGUCGAUUACAUUACAACAGAGUCAGGAACUGGAUUAGUUCAUACCGCACCUGGUCAUGGACAGGAAGAUUAUGUAACCGGCUUGAAAUAUGGCUUGCCUAUAGUUUCCCCUGUUGACGAUGUUGGGAAAUUUACGGAAGAAGCUGGACAAUUUAGGGGGCUCGAUGUGCUUGGCAAUGGCAAUGUUGCUGUUAUUGAUUACUUGGAUGAACAGCUGUCACUGGUCAUGGUAGAGCCAUACAAACACAAAUACCCUUACGAUUGGAGAACAAAGAAGCCCACAAUAUUCAGGGCUACUGAACAAUGGUUUGCAUCAGUAGAAGGAUUUCGUGAUGCUGCAAUGGAUGCAAUCAACCAAGUAACUUGGACUCCUACUCAGGCAGUAAACCGUAUUUCUGCUAUGACAUCUGGCCGCUCGGAUUGGUGUAUAUCACGCCAAAGGACAUGGGGAGUCCCCAUUCCAGUCUUUUACCAUGUUGGAUCAAAGGAGCCACUGAUGAAUGAAGAAACUGUAGAUCAUAUCAAAUCUAUAAUUUCGCAAAAAGGAAGCGAUGCAUGGUGGUACAUGUCAGUGGAGGAAUUACUUCCUGAGAAAUAUUGUGAUAAAGCAUCAAACUAUGAAAAAGGGACUGAUACGAUGGAUGUUUGGUUUGACUCAGGUUCUUCAUGGGCUGCGGUGCUGGACAAAAGAGAAAGCCUUAAUUACCCUGCAGAUUUAUACCUUGAGGGUACAGAUCAACAUCGUGGUUGGUUCCAGAGUUCCUUGCUAACUAGUAUUGCCACUAAAGGCAUGGCCCCUUAUCGUGGUGUUAUUACGCAUGGAUUUGUACUGGAUGAAAGGGGGUUGAAAAUGAGCAAAUCUUUGGGCAAUGUUGUUGAUCCAAGGAUGGUGAUUGAAGGAGGGAAAAACCAAAAGGAAAGUCCUCCAUAUAGUGCUGAUGUAUUAAGGCUUUGGGUUUCAAGUGUAGAUUAUACCGGCGACGUGUUGAUUGGACCUCAAGUCCUUCGUCAAAUGUCUGACAUAUACCGGAAAUUGCGAGGAACACUUCGAUUCCUUCUAGCAAAUCUCCACGAUUGGAAAGCUGAUUGUGCAGUCCCGUAUAGUGAUCUUCCUAUGAUUGAUCAGUAUGCGUUAUUCCAGCUUGCUAAUGUUGUGAACAACAUCAGAGAGAGCUAUGAAAAUUAUCAGUUUUUCAAGAUAUUUCAGGUGAUUCAGCGCUUUGUGAUAGUUGACCUCUCAAACUUCUAUCUCGAUGUUGCGAAGGAUCGGCUUUAUGUUGGGGGCAGUACAAGUUUUACAAGGAGGGGUUGUCAAACAGUCCUUGAAGCCCAUUUGCUUUCAAUCGGAAGGAUAAUUGCUCCCAUCUUACCUCAUUUGGCUGAGGAUGUCUGGCAGCAUCUUCCUUUCCAGCAUACUACUGAAGAUGGGCAUGUUGCCAAAUAUGUUUUUGAGUCAAGAUGGCCUGAACUAGAUGCAGAACACCUUUCUUUUCCAGAGGAAGAAGUUGAUUUUUGGGGAAAAAUACUUGAGCUAAGGACGGAAGUUAACAAAGCAUUGGAAGUAGCUCGAAAUGGAAAAUUGAUCGGCUCCAGCUUAGAGGCCAAGGUGUAUCUCUACUGUUCUAAUGAAAGCCUGGCUGAGAGACUAAAGAAAAUGUGCAAACCUACAAAUGAUGCAGAUGCUCUAAAUCGCAUAUUUAUAACAUCUCAGGUGGAGAUUCUCAACUCCUUGGAAGAUGAAAGGAUUAAAGAUGUUCAGUACAACGGAGAGUACCUCAUUGAAGAAGGGAACAAAAUCUGGAUUGGCGUAUCCCAUGCAGAUGGCUCAAAGUGCGACAGAUGCUGGAAUUAUUCACCUCAAGUAGGUUCAUUUACUGAGCAUCCUUUGCUAUGUGGCCGCUGUCACAACGUGGUUAUUGGUCUACCAAUUCGUGAUCCUGAAGAUUUAGCCAAGGUCACACAGAGUGAAGCAAAAGAGGCUAUAGCACAAUGAAGUUAAUCGGUCCAAAAAUCUGGAGGUUUACAACUACUACAAGCUUCACAUCCAACUGUAAUUUUUGUCUCCGAUUGAAUCUUCAAAAGUUUCAAUUUCAUUACCAAAUGAGGCAUCAGCCCUUCUGAUGUAAUUCAUUAAAAUAGAGAAAGAAAAACACAAAUGGAGAAUCUUUUUUAUAUUUUAAAGUUAGGAUAAUAUUUUUGUACAUGCAUUAAUGCAUAGAUGGAUAACUGGCCUUUUGUAAAGGAUCUGAUUCAGACCCUGUUUGAUGAUCCAACAAUAAAUUACACGAUUAUUUUAGGCA